AUGCCGCCGGAUUCGAUGACGGCAAGCUUCGAGGCAGCGGGCCACUCCGAGCGUGCGCGUCGUUGGGCGGUGCCGCCCAUGCUGCCGCAGGCGGAAGUCUCGCGCAAAAAAGUUGGAUACGAGAUUGCCAGCCUGAUCGCCUUCAUGUCAAGCAUCGACAAGGCUGGGCGCGUAACCAUCCGCGUCUUCCGCCCAAAUGACUUGAAUCGCGAAGGCAAAGGUUCGCGAAGGAUGCAGAUCCGUGCCACGCACCUCGCUUCCCGGCGACCGGCGCCUUCCUUGUCUGCGGCGGGUGCGUCUGCAGCCUACGUCGGAUCACAGGCACCAGCAAGCCGACCCUGA